AGAAAAAUCAACGCGCCAUCCUUGGAAGUGCAUGUUGGAACCAUUCGCCAAGGAUUCGCCUAUAUAAACAUGAACCACACGAUUGAAUUAUUCCUUGGACACACAACUAAUUAAGCACACAAUGGCGUCUCCUCCUCCUCCAUCUACCGUGAUCCAGAUGCCUCCAAGUCCUAACCCCAAUGGCGGCACGGCGCCCCCGGCCACGCUGAAGGUCGCCGAUGACCCCGUGGCAGCACCGGCAUCUGCCAGCAGGCCCACGGCAUCGGCGACCGACAAGGUCAUGUCAAGCGCGGCCAACUUAGCACAGCUCCUGCCAACGGGCACCGUGCUAGCGUACCAGGCACUGUCGCCGUCUUUCACCAACCAUGGCCAGUGCCAGACCUCCAACCAGUGGCUCACAGCCGCCCUGGUCACCGUCCUCGCCACGCUCUCCAUUUUAUUCUCCUUCACCGACAGCGUCCUCCUCGGCCGCGAUCGCAAACUAUACUACGGCGUGGCCACGCCACGCGGCUUCAACGUGUUCAACUUCUCUGGCGACGAGGAACAGCGGCUGUGGGCUGAGGAUGAGCUCCGGAAGCUUCGAAUCCGGCCUCUGGACUUCAUGCACGCCGCCUUCACUGCCGUGGUGUUCCUCACCGUGGCGUUCAGUGACGUGGGGCUGCAGAAUUGCUUCUUCCCCGACGCCGGCAAAAACGCCCAGGAGCUGCUCAAGAACCUGCCGCUGGGCAUGGCGUUCUUGUCCAGCUUUGUGUUCAUGAUAUUCCCGACGAAGCGUAAGGGCAUCGGAUACAACGACACCACACCUUACACCAAGGCAUGAGAAGCAUGCAUGCCUGAUUCAAGUUUAGAACUUUAGAUCAGAAAAGUGUUCAGAAAAGUGUGUUAUACGACUGUUGGUUGUGACUCGUGACUCGUGACUACUUGUACUAUCAAAUUAUUAAUUGCUAGUUUUCUUCACUCUUUUUUUAAUUUCUACAGAAGCUAUUUUUUUUGUCAAUCAA